UGACGAGCUAUGGACGAUUUUGACGCCUCCCCCCGGGCCUCGAAGCGACGCCGAACAGGAACAUAUGCCACGAGAAGGCGGACGCUGGCCUCGUCACCUGCGGAGUCUGUGAACGAGACGCAAAGAGAGACAAAGGCCGUCGAGUCGAACGAGAGGAAAAGGGUGUCGGAGCACGAGGCACACAAUACUGAGAAUGAACAGUCUGCGGCUAUUGGCGAACAUGAGGCCGUUGAGCCGGACGACGAGGAAAAUGCUGCCCGGAACACACCCCGCAGGAGCAGUGGCCGAAGAACCAAGGCAAUAAAUGGUGUUUCAGACCCAGUCUCGGAUGCCCCCCCCAAUAACUCGACAAAAGGGAAGACAAUUGACCAGGGUGUACGGGAAGGCGGAGAAAACCCACAGAAUGACCUCCAUGUCCCUGGAGCAGAAGAUGAACACGAGGAAGGGGAGAGCACAACCUCGGAAAGACCACGAUCAAGCACACGUUUAAGACGACCAUCUCGACGACUCGAACAUGCCAAUGCGGAACCACCAUCACAAAAAUCUAAACGACGGAAAACAGCUGAUGGGAAACCCUCGACUGAGUCUGUGUCAUUACAGCCGGUUUCUGUCACCGCACCAACCAGUGUUCUAUCACCACAACCAAAAGGAAUUCUAACUCCGUCUCGACGCGGUCGCGGUGGUCGGAUUGGGCCACGUAAAUCGGUGGCUUUUGAGGGGGCCGUGGAUGACGAUCAGAGGCAGAUUGAAGAGCAACUCGGCUUCAAGGACAUAGUCCCUUCGAGCAAGAAGAGCGGAAAGAACCAAUCAAAGCACGUCGACACCCGCAAAGUGGUGAAGCCCACAGUAGACCAGGAAGAACUUGAGGAUGCUCUCGAACACGGAGACUCAGAGUCGGGAGACGAAGAUGCCGGGAACGAGGGAUCCUUUUUGGAAGAGUCAUUUGAUAUCAACGACAUCAUCUCAGGCUCUCAUGUCGCAGAAGUUCCUCCACCAGGAGAUGUCCCUGCCGAUACCACCGAAGACGAGGAUCCACACCUCACAAGUGUCAAACGACAAAUCCUCUCUCGUAUCACAGAUACCCACAGCGACGACCUCUCAUUCUCACCUUCGCCUGUCCCCUCCCAUCUGCAGACCCAGUUUACAACUCUAAAUACCCUUUUGACUGCAACGGUAGCAUCUGGCGAAUCCAACUCUCUCCUCCUCCUUGGCUCCCGCGGCAGCGGAAAAUCUCUCCUCAUCCGACACGCCUUGGAUGCCUUGGGGAAAACCCAUGGCGGCGACUUUCACGUCGUCAAGCUCAACGGCUUCUUCCAGACUGAUGACAAACUGGCGCUGAGGGAAAUAUGGCGCCAGCUGGGCAGGGAGAUGGCGGUGCCCGAGGACGAGACGGGGGAAGUGAGCAGUUACGCUGACACGAUGGCGAGUCUGUUGAGUCUGUUGAGUCACCCGGAGGAGCUGGUUGGCGACCUCGACUCUAUGGCCCUUGAUAACAGCACGGCGGAAAGAAAGGCUGAGGGAGGAAACCACGCGUCCAAAAGUGUGAUUUUCGUCCUGGAUGAAUUCGACCUUUUCACCACCCACCCACGACAAACAUUGCUCUACAACCUCUUCGACAUCGCCCAGGCACGGAAGGCCCCCAUCGCGGUGAUCGGCUGCUCCACGCGCAUGGAUAUCGUCGACUGUCUGGAGAAGAGGGUCAAGAGUCGCUUCAGCCACCGCUGGCUGCACGUCCCCAGCGUGAAGAGUCUUGUUGCCUUCGCGGAAGUCGUGACGGGUGUGCUGUGCUUGCCGGUUGAUGGGAAGGACGCACUGGGUGUCACGAAGGAGGACCUCGAUUGGAGGCGAAAAUGGAACGACUACAUCAAGACCAAGCUCCUCCCUGCGUCCUCCACACAAGCAGUCAUGGAGAAAAUCUUCUACGGCACGAAAUCCAUUCCGGACAUGCUGGCGGCGUUGUACAUCCCCGUUGCUACCAUAUCCCUGCCUGCGGAGAACGAAGUCGGUGACGACAGCCUUUCCCAGUCCCGUCCACCCGUUAUCGCCGACACAACAAGCUCGCCGCCCUCGCUGCUGGACCUCCUCCCGCAUCUGCCCAUUCUCCAUUUGUCCCUCCUCAUCUCUGCCGCGCGUCUCGAGACGAUCUACGACGUCACAACCACGAAUUUCACGCUCGUCCACAAGCAAUAUACCGAGCUGCUCACUCGCUCCAAGCUUCAGCGCUCAUCGUCGUUUUCGUUCACGAAAUCCGGGGCUCUCACGGGUACGGGCCUGAGAUCGUGGAGCAAGGACACUGCGAGGGCUGCGUGGGAGGAUCUGGCGCAGUGGCAAUUCAUUGUGCCGCACUCAGGGGUGGGCGGCCCGAGCGGCGCCGGAAGGCUGGGCGACGAAGGGCUCGGGGGUGAUGGUAUAACAAGCAAAAUGUUCAGGCUGGACGUGACUCUUGAUGAGAUUGCGUGGGCGAUUAGAAAAAGGUCCGAUACCGUCUCUGCCGGUGAAACCUUGAUGAAAUGGUGCAAAGAGGUAUAACCUAGUUCGUAGCGAAUGCACACAACCCAAAGUAGAAGCCAAAAACAUGUACCGC